GACUCCCCGACAUUCAUGGUCUCGAAUUGCCAACACUCUCGAGAUUUUGGCUCAUUCACUCGUUUUUGAACAACGUGGUUAGCCGUUUAAAUUUCGGUCUUUCCUCUACUCAUCCACGAACGGGCGUACUAUUAUGACCAGCUGAAAACGAACGAACAAUACCCGCAUUUCUUUCCAUCCCCGAACUCGACAUUCUCGAUACCUGUCUACUUACCCAUAAUCAUACACACCAUGGUCGACUGGGUUACCCUCGUCGUACCGUUCGCGUAUCUAAGCGUUCUAAUCGGAUCCCUUGCAACCUUCUCCUCUUUAUACCGCAAACGCAAAGCCAGAAAGGCCACAUCCUUAGAACCAUGGUUCCCGCCACAUCUCCAGCGAGACAUAUACUUCUCCCUCCUACACCUUGAACCCUCCGCCUCCACGUCAAAAGAGAAAGAGAAGGAAAAGAAGAUUCCUGAAUCAGUACUCAAAGCGGCGCUCCUCCGCCGUGCCUGCGAAGACAUUAGGCGCGUCAUGGCUCUCCGUAGCCAGAAGCAGGCUCUUUCUAUGUUGCUCCAGCGCGGAAGCGUGGGCGAUGAUCUGUGGCAAAGGUUUUUGCGCGCGGAGAAGGAAAUGGAGGAUGAAGUUAGGGAUGUUGUUAAUGAGGCAAAUGCAUACGCCCCCAACUGGGGUCAAACAAUCUUCCAGUCCGCAAAUGAGAUGGUCAAUAACGCGAUUGUGCGGGAACGUUUAGAGAAGCACCAAAAUAAGCUGGCUGAGGAGAAGGCUUGGUGGGGGAAGAGAAAAGCUACUAUCCAAGAGGGAUUCAUGAAGGAGUUGGAUGCCGAAAAGCCUGCUAUUGCCUCUUCUACUACCACUACUACACCUGCGGUUACGGAUGUUGCGGAGGAGAAAAAGAUCGCUGCAUCUGCUGCGGCACCGCCAGCGCCAACUGCUACUGAGAGUGAUGAAGAUGCGGUUCUCGUGGAAGCUGAUGACCAGGCAGGAGCGACAGCGCAGAGGAGUCCUGGGGGUGGAGGUUCCGGUGGGGGGAAGAAGAAGAAGAAGGGCAAGAAAUGAGCUUUAUUCAAUUUUCUAGAUGGUUGCAUUCCCUUAUCUUCCUUUCUAUUUAAAAUUUACAUUUUCGUCUCAUGUUUUACGAAGGGGGUUUAUACAUAAUCCAAGGUUACUACUCCGGUUCACUCAUAUUUUGUUGCUCUGCUGUGAAAAGAACCCACGUAAAAUAUUGGGAUUGCGCUAAAUCUGCUCCAGAGAGGAUCGGUGUUAGGAGUGUACAUAGGUAUGGGGUAGUGCUAUAAUACAACGCGAACGCCAAAGUGCAAACCAAAACUCCAUAUACAUA